CUGUUGUCUAUAAAUCACAGUAACAUUCGAGUUAGACUUCGAAAAAAUAACGUCGAUGUGUUGAUUUGCGAUCAAUAAAAAACACAAAUGGAAACAAGUCACGCAAAGUCAAUUCUAAAAGUUUGUCGGCGAGGAGAUCCACUUACUUGCCAACGUAUUUGGGAUGUUAUUAAAGAGAUCAGAAUUGAAAGGAAAUUGGCCACCACGAAAGAUAAUGUUGUUCAGGAAUAUUGCAAGAAGUAUAAUGUAGAAAGUAAAUAUGUGGAAGAGCAGCUCAAGCUUUUUGUGGAAGAUAAACUUAUUCUGCAAAAGACCAUUGCUGUAGCUAAAGGAAGUAAUGAGGGGGUAGAGCAAAACAUCUUCGUAAUUCCACUUGAUGUUCCAGAAGUGAGCCAAACUGAAACCUAUGAAAAUGUUAUGCCGGAUUUGAUGAUACUUCAAGAAUAUCAAGAUGAUCCCAUAGUUCCAAAAGCGAGCCAAACCAAAACUUAUGAACAGGUUAUGAUAGAAUGGAUCUCUGAAAAAUCAUUGACUCUUGUUAGCUUGAGCGAAAAAAUUGCUUCCCUUCAGAAGGAUAUUGACAGUAAAAAACAACAGAUUGAUACACAAGAACUACUAAUUAAUACACAAGAACAACUAAUUAAGAGUCAACAGAAAGAAAACGAAGCGCAAAGAGAAAGCCACGCUUCUGCGAUUCGUAUCUUGAUGGAAAAUCAUGCUAAUACUAUUGCUAAAAUCAAAACCAAAGUUUGGUGUUCCAAUCGCUGUGGGUCAGAAGGGAAUUAUCAUUGCUGUGGUUAUGUUUCAUAUUGCAAUACUAUUUGUCAACAAGAGCACUGGGGAAAAGGAGGUCACAAGAAAUACUGCAGAAGGGCGAGAGAGUAGGCGUGGAACAAUCAUCACAUGUUUAAACUAAAAGUUAACCAUUCCUAAACAAGAAUACUGUAUUGCAAGCCUUGACAGAGUCAUGUGUAUAGAUCUGUCACUGUAAACACAUAAAUUGUUACCCAGAAAAAUAAACAUUGAAAAUAAAGAAGAAAAAAA